AAAAAUAAAUCAUUUUAAUCCAAAUUUGAGAGAAUCCAAACAUGGCAACAUUCAUAUAUAACAAGAAACAUCAAUCUUAGAGACAUGCUUCAUCAUUUUCCUGGGAAAGGUCUGAUCUUUCUUUCAGAUUCAUUUCACCCAGACAGGGUUUGGAUCUGAAAGGAUCGAUUUUAGAGACAAGAUCAAUCUUUCCUUUGGGAUUUCAUUGAAAGGUUUUGUUAGUUUGUCUGAGGUAUCAAUAACACAAAAGAAAAUAAGAAAGAAAAAAAAAAGAGAGGAUGAAGCUUUGUCCUUGUUUCAGCAAUCCACAACAACUACCUAACUCGCCUAGAGAUUCAUUUGAUGAAGGUCUUACAGGUUAUAGAGGCCGUAGCAGUAAACUUUUUGCUCUUUUCACCUUUCGCUCACGUGGAAAAGGAAGCUCUAGGCAGAAGUACAUAACGGACGAGAUAAAGAAGUACGGUAACGUGAAAACAAGCGGCAAAAUCUUCAAGUUCAAGGAACUAAUAGCUGCAACAGACAAUUUCAGCAUGGAAUGUAUGAUUGGUGAAGGCGGUUUCGGAAGAGUCUACAAAGGCUUUCUCACCAGCCUCAAUCAGGUGGUGGCUGUAAAAAGGCUUGACCGGAAUGGGUUGCAAGGAACAAGAGAGUUCUUUGCAGAAGUCAUGGUAUUGAGUCUUGCACAACAUCAAAACCUUGUCAAUCUCAUUGGCUAUUGUGUUGAAGACGACCAACGAGUCCUCGUUUAUGAAUUCAUGCCUAAUGGAUCUUUAGAAGAUCAUUUAUUCGACUUGCCGGAAGGGGCACCAAGUCUAGACUGGUUCACGAGAAUGAAGAUAGUGUACGGUGCAGCCAAAGGGCUUGAGUACUUGCAUGACUAUGCAGAUCCUCCUGUGAUCUACCGCGAUUUCAAAGCUUCAAACAUAUUGCUGCAGUCUGAUUUUAACUCGAAGCUAUCGGAUUUCGGGUUAGCCAGGCUUGGACCAACUGAAGGCAAAGAUCAUGUGUCCACUAGAGUCAUGGGAACUUACGGAUACUGUGCCCCUGAAUACGCCAUGACCGGUCAACUCACUGCUAAAUCUGAUGUCUACAGUUUUGGGGUUGUCCUCCUUGAGGUUAUAUCCGGGAGACGAACUAUUGAUGGGGAUAGACCAACCGAAGAACAAAACUUGAUCUCUUGGGCGGAGCCGUUGUUGAAAGAUAGGAGAAUGUUUGCGAGGAUUGUGGAUCCGAAUCUAAAAGGGAAUUACCCAUUAAAAGGAUUGCAUCAAGCUCUAGCGAUUGCGACAAUGUGUUUGCAAGAAGAAGCAGAGACUAGGCCAUUCAUGGGAGAUGUGGUCACAGCACUUGAGUUCUUGGCUAAGCCUGUAGAGGUUGUUGAUGAUACUACUACAAAUAGUGACACUACUACUCCUGCUUCUGUUUCUGCUACUCAGACAUCAUCAUCUGAUUCAUAA